AUGGUUAACGACUGUGUUAGGGUUGACCCUCUGGAGAAUGUACUUCUUCUCAACUACUGCGUCCAUAAUACCAACUUAUACUUUUAUUGCUUACAGCCCCAUGAUGACGAAGUGAAAGUCAUCUACAAACUCAGGAAUCUGAAGCCACACGUUCCGCAUGGUAUUCACAUUCAUGAGAUAGGUGACAUGACGCAGAGCUGUAAUUCCAUUGGAGGACACUACAACCCUACCCACAAACAUCACGGAAAGCAUGGAACUCCUGACAGCCACGUUGGAGAUCUUGGAAGCAUUGAAGGCGAUGAGCAUACAGUAUAUACACACACUCAAAAGAUCCACACUGACUUACAUGACCUCAUUGGACGUUCUAUUGCCAUUAAUGCCGGAGCUGAUGACAGCCAUGGCAGCCAUGGUGGUCCAGUAGCGUGCUGUGUCAUUGGACGUAGCCACGAUGGCCACCAGUCUCAUCAUGAAGAUGAGCAUCACAAUGUUGACCACCAUAACGACGACCACCACGUCGACGUUCAACACGGCAAUGCCUACCACGCAAGCCCCGCCCCCGUAGUCCGCUACCGUAGCCAUGGCGGCCACGGCGGUGACGGCGGCCACGGCGGUCAUGGCGACCACGGUGGCCACGGCAGCCACGGCGGACAUGGUGGCCACCAUGACGACAACCACCACGAUGAUGGCCCCCAUAACGCCUGUCACCACGGUGACGGAGGGUACGGCGGCGACGGUGGCGAUGGUGGCCACCACGGUUACGGUGGUGACGGCCACCACAAAGACGAACAUCACGAUGAUGGCCAUCACAACGAUAGCCACCACGCCGAAGGACACCACGACGACGGUCACCACGAUGACGGACAUCACGACGAUGGCCACCACGACGAUAGCCACCACGCCGAAGGACACCACGACGACGGUCACCACGAUGACGGACAUCACGACGAUGGCCACCACGACGAUGGCACCACCUCGACGGUCACCAUGAUGAUGGACACCACGACGAUGACCACCAUGACAAUGGACACCCCAAAGACGAACACCACGACGACGGUCACCACGUCGACAUCCAUGACACCCAUGACGUUCAUGGAUAGACUUUAUGAUAGGAUAAUACAUGAGGACGUUUACUCGAUCGAUUGUUCCCUUUUAUUGAACAUAGCUACUGUUCUAAAUCUUUUGUUUAUUGUGAAUUUAUAA